GCUCGCAAUGCACCGGAUUCGAGAAGUGAUGACAUCACCACCUUUGCAAUGUCAGGUUUUGGUCAACCAUCAACCAUCCAGUGUCGUAUGAAGAACUGCCUCAGUCUGGUCAGUGUGUAGGUGCUGAGAAUUGCUGGUAUUCACUAGAUCUGCUCCCAAUUGGAUCGUGUCGGGAGAGAAUGACUUCCAGCGAUUCGCCGUCUUCACCAUAUGUUCGGCACAGCAGGGAAGCGCAGCAGGAUUCGAACGCAGGAUGGACGGCAUCUUUGACGAAGAUCGCAGACCCUAAGUCUCGACGAUGGUGUGCUUAUUCUACCGGCUCGAUCGUGAUUUUUCUAGUCUUUAUCAGUAGUACGCUUUGGAUGGUGGGAUUCCACAACAAGGGUCCGUUUCUGUCGAAUAAAUCGUCUAGUUGGAACAAGGGUCUUCCGAAAUCGGUUAGUGCUGUUUGCAAUCCAGAUGUGUGCGAAGAUCCAAGGGUCGAGUCCAAGGACCCGUCUCGUCUGGGGGGAAGUUGGACACCUGUUGUUGCAUCAAGAGAGACCAUUAUGGCGAUUGGCCUGACGCUGCCUGGAUCUGAUCCGUCGAACAUCAAGGGAGACAAGCCUGGGAGCUACCCUGCACCUACAAUCGUACCGGUAUGGCUCAUUGAACGCGAUCGGAAGUCGUCUGCAACUGGAUCUGAAGAUUCCGGCCCAGCACUUGAGAGGGAUCCUGCAGAGCCUGCAAACAAUGUAAACUCGGAGGUUAUCGAUCCAAGUCUGGACCGUGAGGCCUUGAAUGGAAGGAUCUCUGAUGCCAAACAAGCACCUGUCAGCGAUCAGUUCAGUGUUGCAAAGGAUGCGACUAAACUUCCAUAAUCACGACCACAAUACGGACUGCACACAAGCAAACACCCAGCAGCGUCGUGGAGACCCGAGCAGACUCGUGUCAAAGCUGCAAAUGCCAGCAGUGAUCGAGAGCAGUGUCACACAGUCAUAUGUUGAAACACGGCAUGACCACAUGAAAUACGUUUGGUGUAUUCAACGUCGACCCAUGUAAUGUGUGAACAAAUGGUACAAUUUGGUUGCCAAAUUUGGCUGCCGAUAUCGAAUUCUAUCUAGGUAGAUUGUGCAAUUUGGCAGAAUAUGUAACAAGUGCAAUAGGGCCUAUCCACCUCAAGAGGGAAGAAUAAAAUCUCUCCUACCUCCACAGAAAGAAAGAGCAGGAACUUAUGGUGGGACAAUGUUGAAUGUUCAUUUUGUAGAACGGAUUGUUGGACGAUAUUACUCUUUGAUUUGGCGAAUAAUAACUUCAUAAUUUGUCAGAAGGAUGUCGUAAUAUUAUAUUAAGCUACCAUAUUUCUGUCCAAGUGUACAUUCACGAGUGUGCAAUUCAAGGAAAGUGUUGCCAAGAUGCAUUCUAGUUUCAACUAGUACUUGAGGUACUAAAGCCGCAGGCAGUGCAGCGCCAAACGAGGAAAAUCAUAUCCACAAAGAUCGAGAAAACUUCAAAUCCGGAGUGUUGCAUCCACUGCAACUCACCGAUCCUUACAUCUUGUGAACAAAUUACCACGGGUGGCUAAGACCAGUAAAUUUUUGCAAAAUCAUUAA